AUGUCUUUGUAUGUGUAUAUAUUGUUUCUACUAUUAAUUGGUGUAUUUACGAGAAACCCUUCUUCUUUUACAAAUGUAUGUAAGAAAGAAUCUCAAUACAAUCUAGUAUUAGAAAAUGUGUCAAUUCUCAAAGUUAGAGCUUCUGCCCCUUCUGGAAAGUUUUGUCCAAAGUGUGGAUCUAGAAUCCUCAGAAUAGGUUGUCGUUGUCCUCCAACCAAUCGACCAGAGAGUUCAACACCUCGUGGUGAGGAAAGUCGUUCCAAAAGAAGGAAUCCUAAAACCGGGAGAGCUACAUUUAGUUUAAUGGUUUUUGGUCCAGAAAGGUCUGGACCUAAUCAAUCAUUAACCGAAAUAAAAGAUCCUCGUGUAAAAUCAAAACUUAUUUCCGAAAAACAACAGCAAAUCUCGUCAUUCAAAAAAUCAAUAUCUGAAAUCAAAGAUUCUUUAGAUGCUUCUCUUGCAUCUUUCAUUGCAAAUUGCAAUCCAUUGUUUACAGGCUAUUUCUCAACCCUAGAAGAUGAUGAAUUAAAGGAAGCAAUUGUAGAAGUAUUACUUAAUUUCGUAGGUAUUAGAAUGUUUGAAGAAAAAAUGCCUUUUUUAACAGAUAAGAAAGAUUUAAAACAACUAAUGGGUUCUAGUGGUAUGUCAAUCGAAGAAUUGGCAAUUCUACUUGAAUCAUGCUCAGAACUAUCUCUUACUUUAAUGAAUAAUUUUGCAUCUAUGUUUGACAAAAAAGAAAAAGUCAAAGAAUUAAGACAGGAAAUCGAAAUGUUAAAAUCUUAA